AUGGCAGACGCUCACCCCGAUACUCCUGUCCUAGAGCAAUGGAACGCACAAGAGAGAAAACUCCAGGAGAUCAUCGAUGAUGUACGCAGUCACGGACUGGACCUCGACUUGGAUCUUCCACAAAUCGUCCUCUUGGGCAACAGGAACUCAGGAAAGACUUCCAUAGUAGAGGCUAUAGUCCGAAUGAGAUUCACAACUCGCCGCACAAACUUCCCAGUUGAAUGGGUCCUGCGUACCACAGAGAGUAGUGAAAUCAAAGUCAAGGUAUGCCACACAUCAACGUCGACCUGCGGAGUCGAGAAAUUGCCAUCAUAUACCAAGGAGGGCGUUGUGUCAAGUUCAUACACCAAAGUCUUCAAUGAAGCUACACAAGUAAUCCAAGAAGCUCUGCAAGGCGGUGCGACUAUCUCUGAAGACACCUUGCAGGUGAGAAUUUGCCGAGCAUACCUCUAUGAAAUUAACUUCAUAAUGAUCGAACUUCCUCGGUUAGACAACUCCGAACAAGCAGAGCACUCUGCCGCCGAUCGAGCUCUUGUGGAAAGCCUAGCCAACCGUUACAUGUCAAACCAGAACGCCAUUAUUGUGCUGGUUGUAUCUGCACAAGACCAAACUGCUGUGCAAGAACUCCUUCAACUUGCCAAGCUCCACGAUAGAAACCAAAUCCGGACACUCGGAGUUAUCACGAAGCCAGAUCUUCUCAAACCAGGAUCUGAGGAGGAAGCGAACAUUAUUCGGCUAGUUGAGAAUCUGAACCAGUCUGCUCGGCUGCCAUUGGGUUGGCAUGUGCUUCGAAAUUCUGAGUCUGUGGAGAGGUGUCUGGGAAAAGAUGAAAGAGAUAAAAGGGAGCGGGAAUUUUUCAACGCUACUUCCUGGUCUUCAGUACCUCCAGAGAAUAAAGGCAUCGGUACGCUACGAGGAAGAUUGAGUCGUAUUCUCAUGACUCGCGCCAAAAGGAACUUGAAGAGCCUCAUUGACGGAUUUGAAAUCACAUUGAGCGAGAGACAGUUUCUUCGCAAACAGCUUGGAGAACCGCGAGAGGGCCCAAAAGAAAGACAGGCAUACCUCAACAAUAUUGCAUCCCAGUUUCAGGCCGUGUCACUACAGGCCCUGAAUGGCAAUUACUUGCACGACUUCUUCGGCCGUUUAGAUCUCGACGACACAGGCAUGGCAUAUGCACAAAUUCGAGUUCGCAAACUGCGAGUACUCAUCCGUGAUCUGAACCGCACCUUCGCCUUUAUUCUACAGACCAAGGGCCACGCAUACGAGGUGCUUCCAAAAGGUGUCAGUAUCGACGAUUAUACACGCCAGCACAAUCAGAAAAGUCCUUGUCCCGCUUUUGCUGCCAGUCUCCACAACCUGAUGCGCCUCUACCCAACCGAGGACCCCAAACUUAUGACUUUCCAAGAUACGGUCAAGAAAUUGGACAAUGAGUUUGUAGUCGGCCAAGGAAUUGAAUUUCUGGGCACAUCAAACGAUCAAUUGGCAGCGGAAUUCUUCCGGCACCGAGCCCGCCCUUGGGGGGCUAUUGCACGAUCCCAUGCCCAGAUUGCCAGUCAAAUGGCUCGAACAUUUGUUAACGAGCUUUUCAGCCACCUUAUUCCAAAGAACAACAGAACCCGCGAGACGAUUCUAAAUGAGGUCGUAGAACACUUCUUUGAGACCAAGGCCUUGGUACUGGAAAGGAAGAUCGAGGAACUUCUCCACCACUACCAACAUGGACACCCCCCGUCACUGGAUUUGGGACUCGGAACAGUUCUCACAGAUCGACAACGAAGGUUGAUAGAGAAAGAAUUCUUGAAGCGCCUCCUGGAAACUCAGCCAGGCCUUUUCACGGACACUGCGCGGGAGAACCUUGGCGGCAACGUGAAUUCUAAACCUGAAAGCAAAUUUGAUGCUGAAGACUUUUUCGACAAGGCCAGAGCAUACUACCAGACCUCACUGCACACGUUCACCGACAACAUGAUCGUCUUGGUUAUUGAAAACUGUCUCAUCGAGGAUCUUCCCAACAUCUUCACCCUUCAGUUCGUCGGCCAAAUGGAUGAUCAAGAGCUUGAGAAAUUUGCAGCUGAGUCAAACGAAAUCAUUAAGCAAAGAUCGGUGUUGCGUGAUGAAUGCGAAGCCCUGGAAAGAGGACUCGAUUUCUUCCGCAGGUAUAAGGAUCCUAAGCGCAAGAGGACUUCUUUCAAUGAACUGGACAGUCUUUCUCCAUCUUCCACUGCAAGGCCUGGUAAACGUCGCAGGCUUGCACCGGAAACAAUAUGGGAGGCUUUGCAAAAGCCUCAAAUUGUCCCACCGCAGUCAUCUGUUUCGAAACAGAUUCAGUGA